AUGGGUCGAUCGCCUAGCCCACGGCGGCGCGAGGAUAGGCGUCGUGAUCGUGACAGAGACGUCAGGGAUAGAACAGAUAGAGAACGAGACCGUGAUAGAGACCGCGAAAGGCGAAGACCUCGCACUCGUUCCCGUUCACGGUCUCUGGACCGUCGGCGUCGUUCUCCGAAUGUUCGCCGAAGCCCGUCACCGCGCCGCCGUCAGCGCUCCCGCUCGCCAUCACCUGGACCUUCUACCACCUUCGUAAAGCAGAAAAAAUCAUUCGGUGAGCGUCCCAUAGUCACUGCGGCCGACUUAGAAGGUAAAAGCCCUGAAGAACAAGAAAUGUUAAAAAUAAUGGGAUUUUGUGGUUUUGACUCGACCAAAGGCAAAAAGGUAGAAGAUAACGUAGAGGGCGACGUCCACGUGGUGCUUAAACGUAAGUACAGACAGUAUAUGAACCGAAAAGGCGGGUUUAACAGGCCACUCGACUUUGUUGCAUGA